GGAAAAAUCAACUGAAAAUGGAGAGAAUAUUUUAUAGUUAAUUGAAAAAUACUUCCAUAAAUAAAUAAAGCAGAUUUGGCAGUAUUCAUAAAGUUUUUUUCGAAAAGGAAGUAUUUUUGCUCAAAAAAAUCUAAACAAAAUAUUUUUUCAAACAUAAGGGAAUAUACUCAUCGAUGUAGGUAAAGAGAAAUAUAUGAAUAAUUUAUUUUCAAAACACUCUGGUUAUUACCCUAAAUAUUAACAAAAGAGGAAGAAACAAACGAAUAAAUGGAUAAAUUAGCCACUUUUUCAUUGAUUUAUCGAUUUAUUUACUCCUUUAUUCACUUCAGUGCGUUGAAAUCAUCUACCGGAAAUACAGUGAAUUGCCUCAAUAAUUGAUUGAUUGGUCAUUUGUUUAUCCUCACAUCAAAUCUAGAAAGAGAUAGACAAUAUUUACGGUGGAGAAUAAUUUGAUUUUCGAAAGUGUUAUCACAGAACAAUCUUAUUAUGAAUGGAAUUAUAAUUCAUCGAUUAGUCAGAAGUAUUGAGGAUAAUAAUAUUGAUCAGUCUAAUGCUACUAAAAACCAAUGGUUAUGUGAACAAAUAUAUGAAGGCAAUACUGAUUUACAGAAUAAAUCACUGUUAUACUGUCCACCAUUUCAUGAUGGUGCAACAUGUUGGCCACCAGUAUUGGCAGGAACCACAGCGUAUAUGCCAUGUCCAUCUAGUUAUGAAGGUCAAAUGUACAAUUCAAACGAAAAUGCAAGUAAAAAAUGUUUAGAAUCAGGAAAUUGGUCCUCUCAGUCGAAUUACAGUCCAUGUGUAUUAACCAGUAAUUCAUCAACUAUAGAAGUAACUAUGGCUUUACGUUGUAUAUUUCUAACCGGAUAUUCCGUUUCUUGUGGAUGUCUGUGCCUGGCUCUCGUCAUUUUCUACAUUUUUAAGUCAUUAAAAUGUAUGCGUAAUACAAUCCAUUCACAUUUAUUCGUAGCACUUAUGAUCAAGGCAUGCGCAUGGUCAAUUUCAUAUAUAUUCGUUGAAUUUACAGAUAUUGAACAAUUUACGGGUAAUACAAGGUCAACAAUAAAUAGUUUAUUAAACAUAACUAUAUCAUUACAAGCAUUUGGUUCACUAGCAAUAUUUGUAUGGAUGUUUAUUGAAGGCCUGUAUUUAUGCCUAAUUGUUUACUGUGCAUUUUGGGUUGAAAAAAUGAGAUUUUGGCCGUGUGCACUAAUUGGAUGGGGUCUACCCACAGUGCUCAUAUCAAUUCGUGCACUAAUAAACUUUAUUAAAUAUCCUACAGAAUUUUGGCUUUUUCAUGGAAUCGAUAUUUAUCUGUUAACAAUACCAACACUAAUCCUUCUUGGGUUGAAUGUUAUAUUUUUAAUCGCCAUUUUAUACGCAUUGAAUGAUAAAUUGCGUAAACGUGUAAUUGUCACUAACACGCAUAGUGUUACAAAUAAUCUCAGUCGUGAUUCUGAUUCACAGCUGCCACAACAGCAGCCGCAAAAGCGAGACUGUAGAAGAUUAACUAAUUUAUUCACUGAUGAUUAUGAGGACUACACAUCAAUAGAUGAUGAUUCUGCCCUACAACCACUGCCAAAUCUUGAUGAUUAUCCUGGUGGAGGAUUUGUAUCACUGACCAAUAAGCGUAACCCCUCCUAUUAUCAUUCUCAUUUAUCGCCUACACGUCGAAAAUCCUUGUCAUUCCGAGGUAGAUCCAAGUUAACCUCGAGUAACUACCAAGAUACCACCGCUACUAAUACUAAUAGUAGUGGUAGUAAGAGAAAUAAUGUCAACAAUAACAAAAAUAUCGACAGGCCAGAUAUGAAUCAGUUAUACAUACCACGUCAUAAAAGACGUUUUCAGUCACUGCCCAAUGCAACGUCAUCCUCUGUAGUAGCUGCGGCUGCAGUGGCGACAAUAACCGAAACCUAUGAUGAACAAAAUCUCGCCGAUGGUUUCUAUCAGAAAUCGCCGAAUCAACUAACCCUGAUGAAUGCGAUGAGUAGAGAUGCCUCAUGUCGGUCUUCACAAGUCAGUGAUAUAUCCAGAUUUGAAUUGCCUGGCACAACACGAAUACGUUUAGCUAAAUUAAUUGGUCGUAUCAGUGGACAAGAGUUUGUGAAAACAGUGAAAGCCAGUCUAACAUUAAUGCCUUUACUUGGUAUACCAGAGAUUAUCUUCAUUACACCUUACCAUCCUUAUUUAAAACCGGCAUUUGAUAUUAUAAAUGCAUUUUUAACAUCAACUCAAGGUAUAUGGGUCACUCUGCUCUAUUGUUUUUUAACAAAAGAGGUAAGAAGACAGUUUGAGAAACGACUGAGAACUCGUUCCCUACGUACCAGUCUCUAUCCACAUCGACGAUCGACACGUAUGAAUAAACGUUUAUCUUCGUAAAUAUAUAUAUAUAUAUAUAUAU